AUGUGGGCUACACAUUUGUCGAAUCACUGUCCGAAAAUGGCGGUCGAUGGUGGUGUGGAACUGACCGAUGCGGUGCUGCGCUCAUUCAGUGUCGCGCGUAACUUCGCCCCGCAGGAGGAUGAGGACCCGAACGUGAAGAUCACGUCGCUGGACUUCCACCGCAACGGCGAGCGGUGCGUCACGAGUCGCAACGACGGCGUUAUGUCUAUGAUCAACUGCUUGAGCGGCACAGUCGCCAAGACGAUCUUAACCAAGCGAUACGGCGUGGGCAUUGUGAGAUUCACCCACCACCUAGACUGCGUGAUCUUCUCAUCGGCUAACACUGCCAAUGACCACCGCAUUCGGUAUCAUUCGUUCUUCGACAACAAGUUUCUUCGCUACUACACUGGUCACACCGACAGAGUCACGUCGUUGAUGAUGCACCCCACUGCAGACCAAUUCCUCUCCGCCGGAAUGGACGGCACGAUCCGACUAUGGGAUAUCCGCAAUUCUGAUACCACGGCCAUUAUUCGAACCGACCACUUGCCAGUCUCGCACGUCUGCGCUGCGUUUGAUCAGGAGGGUGUGGUGUUUGGUGUGUACACGGAUGACCACUUGAUCCGCAUGUACGACGCACGAAACUACCAGGAAGGACCAUUUGCCAAGUUCUCGCUCUAUGAUGCAUCAGUGAUGGCAGCAGUGGAGCCGUUCCUUGCACACAUGCAGGCUCCGAAUUUGAGCGCGAAGAAGCUUCAUGCACUUGACCUCAAGUUCAGUCCCGAUGGAAAUCAGUUGCUUGUCACAACGAAUCGCGGAGUGUUCCUUCACCUGGAUGCGUUUGAGGGCAAGCUUCUGCAUCUUUUCAAGGAGCACGGGUUGAGCCAGAGUCAGCGUGGCGAUCCCCAACUUGGUUGCUGCUACUCAGCUGAUGGCUCUUACGCGGUCACUGGAUCGGAAGAUGGACGCGUGUUUUUCUAUAAGAGCUCUACUGGUCAGUAUGUGCAUUCUUUUCACCAGGGUCACAAUGGCCCCGUGUUGGACUUGCAGUGGAAUCCAAAGCGCCAUCUUCUAGCGAGUGCUGGAGGCAACUCCACCGUGUUAUGGUCGGCGACUGGAAUCUGA